AGGCGGUCUACGGAUUCUUCGGCCGCACACUCAUGCAAUGCAUCCGGGUGGCACGCACGAAAUAAAUAGGCAAGGCCUCCCUACACGCUCUUCGUCUUCUCCCAUCACUCUUCUUCCCUCUUCACUCGCUACUGAACACCAUCUCAUAUUUUUGUUCUUGAUUUUUUUUUCUCUCCCCCCCCCCUCCAAAGUAUAUACUGCUUGCCAUUCGUAUCUCGAGUGUGUGAGCGCCUAAUUUUGGCUCAAGCCUAUAUUAAGGAGGGGCGUACCGUAUCGUUUCUAUUUUGUUUCGUGAAACUGGUGUCACCGGUAGCGGCAGUAGCAGGAGUGCUAGAUCCUUCACGAGCUGCGUGGGGGUGGUUGACCAGGACACGCCUCCCGGAUCCUGAAAUAAGGCCACCGCUCGUUUCCCCCUCCCCCUCUUCCUCUUCCUCUUCCUUUGCCACCCCCUCGCAUUUAGCCAGCCUCCCACGGUUGUGGAGCUGUGUGGGCCAUUUCCCAACCGUCGCUCCGGUGGGUGGCCGGGAGGGUGGUCGCUGCGACCCAUGGGCAUCCAGGUCGCGGCCGUGACGUCGUCGCCAUGCGCCGUCACGACGUCGUCGUCGUCGUCGCUGUCGCCUUCGUCGUCUGCCGCCGCGACGACGUCGCGGCGGCAUGGCGUUCUUGGAGGUGUCAGGCUGUCGAGAGGGCAGUCGUCGCUGGCUAGCUGGAGCGUCGGUAUGACCCGCCGGCGCGCCGGCGGGCACCAGAUGGCAAGGCGCGCUCUCAGCGCUAGCAUUGACAGCAUCGGGAGCGACGGCGGGGACGACGAGGAGUUCUUGCGGAGGAUUCAGGAGCUGGCGGUGGGGCUGCACCCUGGCGCCGCUGGCUGCGGGUGGCCGGCGAGCGUGGAGCGGAGCGCGAGCAGCGUGGGGUUGCCGCUGUCGCUGCGGAUGCUCAAGCGGAAGAAGCAGCAGCAGCAGCAGCAGGGCCGGUGGGACGAGCGGCUGAUCGACUGCGCCGGCGAGUCCGCGCGCGGCGCGGUGGGGCGCGCGUUCUCGUCGAUGGUGCUCAUCAUCCGGGAGCUGCAGAGCUUCACGCUGCAGAUGCGGCAGGCGCUCUUCUACGAGGACCUGCAGCGCGUGCUCGCGCGCGUCCACGCCGAGAUGCACGCCUCCUUCGUGUGGCUCUUCCAGCACAUCUUCUCCGGCACCCCCGCCCUCAUGGUCUCCGUGAUGCUUCUGCUCGCCAACUUCACCGUCUACUCCAUGGGCGACAGCGUCGCGGCCGCCGCCACGCUCCCGCCUCCCCAGCCCCCCGCGGCGACUGUGGCGAUGGUCGACACCCAGCACGCGGAGCAGUCUCAUUCCCACCAGCGGUUCGACCAUGCCUCGCUCAAGACGUUGUCCAUCGGCCGAACGGCCUCGGUGGGUGGCAACAGCGGCGGCGGCGGCAAGGUGCGGCCGGUCGCCGGGGCAACCGGCGACGGUCGCUCGGACGAGUGGUCAAAUCGGCAAAGCGGCGCGGUGUUGCCGCAGGAUGCGUCACAGGGUACGCCGGGAGCUGGCGCGGAGGAGGCCGUGCCCGUGUCAGAAGCAAUGGCCGUGGAGGAGACAGAGGACGAACUGGUCAUCUGGAAAAGGAUAGCCGAUGAGGCUACCAGGAUGCAGGCGAGCGUUCGCGCCGAGGCGCUGAUGGACCCGGACACACUGGGGCAGCUCGUGGCGCCGGUGGAGGCCAAGCUGGACACGGAGGACACGGCGGAGUUCGCGGCGACGGAGGAGCGGUACGAGCGAGCCGUGUCCGAGGAGCCAGACAACUCGCUGCUGCUGUCCAACUUUGCCCAGUUCCUGUACACGGUGCAGCGCGACCACGAUCGGGCGGAGCACUACUUCAAGCGGGCGGUGCGCGCGGAGCCGGCGGACGCGGAGGCGAUGGGUCGGUACGCGACUUUCCUGUGGAAAGCGCGCAAUGACCUCGCGGCCGCGGAGGAGACGUACCAGGAGGCCAUCGCCGCCGAACCCAGCAACUCGCACCACGCGGCAGCCUACGCGCACUUCCUCUGGAACACGGGCGGCGAUGACACAUGCUACCCCCUCGACUGAUGCGCGUGCAUGAGCCAUGCCUCCGCGAUCCAACACCUCCCUCCCCCAACAAAACUCAACACACACAAAAAGAAGCAAAGGAUAUUUUUUUACCACACUCCAAGAACAAGACGCACUUCUCCACCCUGCACGUGCUUGGCCGACCACGCCGCUACACUACACUACACUACUACGCGCUAGUAGUACAGAUUUUUUCUUCUUGUGGUUGCUCGUCUCGCGGUGAGCCGGUGAGUAAUAUUGGGGUGAUCCGCGGCGUACGUGCUGCUGCUUCCCGUUCUGGAAAUCCGGCGAGCGGGGCACUUGGCCGGAAACGGCGGGAGCCGCGCUAAAGCUGGUGUGAUCGAUCGAGUUCGCUGCUCGCGGCCCUACGGGUUUGCCAGUUGCGUUUGCCCGAGGGACCCGUCCUAUUGGCACGGAUGCUUUGCGGCGUCAUGGAGAGAGAUGAGAGUUUGCUGUGUUUACCAGUGGAGUGAAUACUGUAAUACAAGUGCAUAGCAGCAAUCCAAUUUGCAACCUGUAAUUGUGCAGACGAAUAAGAGGCUCUUUUUUUCCGCACCAACUGCGGCUUGCACUUAA